AUGAGCGUCGAUGGCUUAGGGCUUUUGAAAUCCGUGCGAGAGUUUUAUGAAGCUAUACCCUUACUGACCAAACAACAACCAGGCUAUAACUUUGCCUUUGAAGUUAUAGCUCCUAGUCUACCUGGGUACGGAUUUUCACAAGGUUCAGUCCGCCCCGGUUUGGCUCCGCCGCAAGUGUCCGUGAUCUUCAGAAAUCUCAUGCAGAGGCUUGGCUUUAAAAAGUUCUACGUACAAGGCGGUGACUGGGGAUCUAUUAUUGCUUCUGCUCUGGUUACAUUAUUCCCUGAAGAUGUACUCGGUCACCACACUAACAUGCCCGUAGUUCAAAACAAACAGGCAACCUUGAAGACGAUACUUGGUGCUUACAUUCCAUCUCUAGUGGUAGAGAGUCAUCUGGCAAGCAGAAUGUAUCCCUUGUCUGAUUUCUUUGCUUACUUAAUGGAAGAAUUCGGAUAUUACCAUUUGCAGGCUACCAAACCGGAUUCAGUUGGUGUGGCAUUAACUGAUUCCCCGUCCGGUCUUCUGGCCUACAUUCUGGAGAAGUUCUCCGUAUGGACUCGUCGUGAUCACCGCCACAAGGCAGACGGUGGACUCGAGUUCCGUUUUACCAAGGCUCAGUUGAUCGACAACUUAAUGUUAUACUGGACCUCCAACUGCAUAACAACUUCCAUGAGAUUGUACGCUGAGGAAAUGAGCAGGAAGAACCAACAGUUGGAACUUGGAGAAUUGCCCACACCAGUACCGACGUGGGUUGUACAGGCGAAGUACGAAAUUAUGUAUCAACCGCCCGGUAUCCUGAAACUGAAAUUUCCCAAUCUCCUAGGCUCAACUGUUUUGGAUGACGGUGGACACUUCCUUGCCUUGGAACUGCCCCAAGUCAUCGUAAAUGAUAUUUUCAAAGCUGUUAAUGCGUUCAGAAAUUGGCAUAAGAAAACUACGAAUACAGAGUUAUAA